AUGAAUCGGAAUGGUAUUUAUUUUGUUCCUGCAACAACACCAUCCAACAACAACAACAAGAAGGAAACACCCUCUCGGAAUUUCAAUCAACAUUCCCAUGGGAAUACAAUUUCAUCAUCAUCCUCUUACCUGGACAAGGCUAUUCAACAGCAUCAUGAAAUGAGAAUGAAAAUAGCAUCCAAUCCAAAGAAGAACCAUUCUACUGCUACUACAAGUACGAAUAAUACUCGCUCUCAAAACAACACUCAUCGAACAGAAGCAAUGCAAUCUUCUCUAUCCUCUUCUCAUUCAAUACCAUCUGAUCUAUUUCCAGAGUUAGCCAAUUUUGAUAUGAAUGAAUGUGAGAAUUAUUCAAAUCUUUUAUCAAAAUUAAGUGAUGAACAAUUAAAAGUAUUGAAAUGUGCCAUUGAAGGACAUUCAAUAUUUAUUACAGGUGUUGCUGGAACUGGAAAAUCAUUUCUAUUGGAAUGUAUUAUUAAAACAUUGACCAAUGUCUAUCAAAAGAAAGUAGUUGUCACAGCCAGCACUGGAAUUGCAGCAGUGAAUAUUGGAGGCUCUACCAUUCAUUCAUUUGCAGGUAUUAGAACACUUGACAAUGGUAAAGUGGAUAGUAAAACUGCGUGGAGAAAUGAUAAAGAAUGGCAAUCUACAGAUGUUUUAAUCAUUGAUGAAAUAUCCAUGAUUGAUGCUCAAUAUUUUGAUCAACUUGAAUCCAUAGCAACAGAGAUUAGAUGUUUCUUUGAAAUUGCAACAUCAAAAGCACCACAAGAAAUUGUCAUGAAACAAUUACCUUCAUUUGGUGGAAUUCAAGUGAUUUUAUGUGGUGAUUUUUUACAAUUACCACCCGUCGCAAAACCUUUUAAAAACGAACAUGGAGAAACUGUCUAUCAAAAAAAAGAAAUGUGUUUCAAAGCAAAAUGUUGGUCUAAAACCAUCAAGUAUACUUUUGAAUUAACCAAUGUCUUUAGACAAGAAGAACAACAAUGGGUAUCUAUUUUAAAUUCCAUAAGAACAUGUCGAAUUGAUUCCAAUGCAAUUUCUCAACUCUCAAAAUUACAACACAAUCGAUUUGAUGGAAUGGAAAAAUCAACAGUCAUUCAUACUCUCAAUAAGAACGUUGAUGGUGUCAAUGAAAGUGAAUUAUUGAAACUCACUCCUCCACAUUUUAUUUUCAAAGAUCAUACUUACUUUUCAUAUGGAGAGUAUGAUCCAGGUGUAGAUCCUCCAACCACCAAAGAAUCCAUACGAAAUGCUAUUUUAUCAAAUUUUAAUUCAAGUAAUGCUGCUCAGGAAAUUAGUUUGAGAGUUGGUGCUCAAGUCAUGAUGAUUAAGAAUGAUUUUACCAAUCAAUUAGUGAAUGGUACACGAGGAGAGGUGAUUGGAUUUGUCAAACAAUCAGCACAAGAUUUAUAUUCCACGACAAAAACGUUGAAGCCUUAUGCUCAAACAUGGAUUGACGAAAAUGGAGAAUUAUUUCCAAAGGUUAUUUUUACAAGAGAAGAAAAUGGAAAGGAAUACAAGAUUAUCAAAAUUGUACAUCCAGCCAUCUUUGAAACGGAUGGUCCAAAGAAAUCGAAAGGUACUCGUUUACAAAUUCCUUUAAAACUUGCCUAUGCCAUGACUGUUCAUAAAACACAAGGUCUUACCCUCGAUAAGUGUGUCAUUGAUUUAUCAACAGUAUUUAGUCCAGGACAAAUUUAUGUAGCACUUUCUAGAGCCAAAACAAUGAAAUAUUUACAAGUGAAAAACUUUAACGCUUCAACACUAACAAGACAUAUCAAUAGAGAAGCCAUUGAAUUUUACAGAGAAAUUAGCAAAAAUGAUUCAUUCAUUCCUCAUGACAAAUCACCCAAAGAAAUAUUUAUUGCAACAUUAUUAUCAAAACAUUCACAAAGCUUUGCAGCAAGAAAGAAACAAUUUGAAGAUAUUUUAGAAAAAAUUGAUUUGGAAGGAAUUAGCUCAUUAACACAAAAUCCAAAAAAGAGAAAAACACAAGAAGCAUCUUCCUCUGGAUACUCUUCUGAAAUUAUGAAAAAGACUAAAAUGAGUCAAAAACCCUCAACCUUAGAAUCUGCCAACUCAAGUAAGCGUAGUGGUAAAUAUUAUUGUGUGGCCUCAGGGAGAAAGCCCGGUAUUUAUUUAACCUGGGAAGAGUGCAAAACACAAGUUGAUAAUUUCAGAGGAGCAAAAUUUAAAUCAUUCCCAACUCUUGAAUUGGCAGAACAAUAUAUGAAAGAGCAUGGAAUUAAUAAUUAUUAA